UGAGAAAUCAGUAGCUCGGUAAAAGUGAUAAAAACGAUUAAAGAAAACUGCUUUUAAGAGAAUGUAACCCGAUUUUUGGUUAUGAGUAAAAUGACAUGUCUCAAAGUAAUCAUGGGCUAUGUAUAUGUCUUUUAAAGACACACUAAUGCAUCUGAGUUGAGUAUGAACCUUUACAGGUUGUGAUUGAUAAAUGUUACUGCAUGCUGGAUAAACUACAUGAGCAUUAUGUGAUCAACAUUAAAAGAAAAUGGCGGGCUAGGAGCAGACAUGGCGUCUCUUUCCCUGAGGUCUACCAACGUGAGAAAGCUCUUCAGUACAUGAGGGCUGGCUUAUACUGUUGUUAUAAACACCACUGCACCAACAUGGACGCAUUUAGUCUUGAAACUGUAUAUAUUCUGUUUAGAACCUCGGUUAGUUUCAGUAACAAGAUAAAUUACAUUUUAAAGUUUCUUUCCGGGACAUGAGCGAACAAUGAGCUAGUGGUUUAAAAAGGACAAGCUAAUGAGACUUUCAGGUAGUGAGCUAUAUUCCUUCGCUCUGAGUUCCUGCUUCACUACUCACACACACAGCAGCGUGAGGCAGCCGAGUGUUACCCGGAUGGAACUGUCAUGGCCGCCGUCUCUGACCUGCCAGCCUAAAGAGAAAAGAAAGGAUCCAUUAUAAAACAUGGAGGCUACUCCAGAUGACCCACCAAAAAGCCAUGACCAGAACGGGGAUGUUGAGAAAGAUGCUUCAGUCAAUUCAUUGCGCCCAUCAAAAGAGCUUGCAAAUCAGAGAGAAGACAUUGCAUAUAAUGACCUUUGUGUCCAAGAUGAAACACAGUCUGGGGAGUCGGGUACAGAUAACUCUCACACAGAGAGCAAGACCUCAGAGAAAUCACCAUGUAAAUUCCAACAGGGUGCUAUUUUCUCUGGAAAAAUACUCAGUUUUUGCUGCUCUGAAUGCAAAGGUGAUACCACUUACAGCCCCAAUGACUUGCUGAAACAUUUUCAAGGGGCUCACAAAGGAACACUUCCAACAUAUCCUUGUGAUCUUUGUACCUUUGUUACCAACGAGUUCUCAUCUCUCCAGCGACAUCGCAUUGGACAUCGAGACACUUUGGUCACUUGUGAGAUCUGCAACGAUGGAGUCCAAUACUCUCUACUCUUGCUCACCAGGCAUUUUAUUAUGUGCCAUAGCUGUAAUGGACUGUUUCGCUGUAAGAAAUGCGAUUUCUCGACCAGAGAUGCAGGCACUUUUGUUCAGCACAUUCAUCAUCACAACGAGGGCAGCCACAAAUGUGUAAAGUGUCCAUCCAUGAGUCCCACACAAGGGAAGGGCCACUCUGGGAAAGUCCACUCUGGGACAUUCCCUUUCACGUGUCAGUUGUGUGGUUAUGGUGCUGCACGGAGGGAGUAUCUAAGUAAGCAUAUGGCUGUGGCUCAUGGAGAUGAAAUGGACAGAACAAACAGAUGGAGGUCAAUCGAGGACAAUUCUAGAGUUAAUUCUCCAGGACUAAAGCUGCUGCUGAAGAAGAGUCCUCCUGCUGGAGGAUCCAGGGAACCACAGUGGAUGUCAAAGCUGAAUUCUUACCCUGGAGUAGGUCUGCUUGACCACAGUGGCAGAUUGUUUAAUCCUGAGAAAACAUUGGAGGAAACACAACAAUUUCUCGAAAGAGCUGUGGGUGUGAAGAAAGAGAGUAACAAGUGGAGUAAAGGUCCACUAAAGAGUGAGCCACAGUGUUCUUACCCAGUCACAUCAACUACACCACAGCCAAAGAUACAAGAAAAUGAACUCAGUGCUGGAUCUGGGAUUCUAGAUCCUGGCAACAGCAAUGGGUUGACCGUUCUCAUGGUCAAAAAUAAAAUCUCAAUUCCCCCUAACUGUACCACAAAAGUAAUGGGCUUUAAGAUGGUAGAUGGUAAAAAGCAUUUAGUUUUAAAAGUCAUACCAACAAAACAGGAACCUACUACCAAAAGUGACAUGUCACCCACAAAUAUUGUUGAAGAUGAUGAAAAGACUAGUAGCUCCCCCUACUCCUCACUGUCUGAAAGAUCAGGAUCUCUUCUCAGUUUAGAUUCCGGGACAAAGAAAGAUGUAUCUGCCUCAGUAAAAAUAGAGACACGUGAUGUAGAAAAUCACAGUGGGGACCAGUCAUCUUUGUUAGAUGAGAAUGAAGUAAAUGUGGACCCAACUUCAGACCAGGCUGACGAUGAAGUUCUUGACAUAUCUCGUACAUCUGUUACCAAGGCUUCAGCCUCACAUUGUGCUGACUUGUCCACAAUAAACAAAGAGGCACAUUUUUCUGAAAAACAGUGCAGUGGUUCAGAUUCAGAAAAGAAGUCAAUACGUCAUGAACAUGAGCAUUGUCCACUUCACAGUGUCCAGUCCACGGCUGAGGAGUCCAAAUCAACACAUUCAACCAAUAAUUCAGCUGAGGUCUCGCACACAGACCAAACCAAAGUAAAAGCAUCUCUGUUAAAAGCACUUGCUGAACACACCACAGAUGUAGAUUCAUGUACUGAUGAUCUGUCAUCAUCAGAAUCAGCUGCAGGUGAGCGCACUCUUCCUGAGAUUUCAGUAUCUGCCAGUGAUGCCACACUGUCAUCACUGGCUGAUGAGGCCACUACCACUCCUGUCUCAGAUGAGUCUCAUAGUAAUUUAGUGGUGAGUAAAAGUGUGGAAUCCACUGAAGAUCAUGGUGCAGAGCAAAACUCACCUAAAUUUCCAUCCCCCACUUUAGCAACUGAAGAGAAAGAGACCUCUGUUGAUGAUGAAGGUGAGACUUCAUUAUCUGAGAAUGCAGCAACUCCAACCCCCUUUCCUAAUUUAUUGAAUGGUAAAACCUCUCAGCCUAGUUCAGUCACUGAUUCAGAUACAAGUCCACAGAAUAAAACAAGUACUAAUGAUUCCCUUGAUGCCAAAGAUGGUGUCACAGAAGUUGACACUGCUUUGCAAAAUUCCCCAAAUCAGGAGGUUUUUAGUUUUCACAAUUACUCUAAAGAGACUUUUGGCAGUUCCCCUGAUUUUCUGGAUGCUGAUGAACAUUCCCAAGAGGACUUGGAGGAAGAUGAGUGUGAAGAAGAUUUCGAUGAACUCAAGUUAGCUUCAGAUUGGAGUUUAACACUACCUGCCUCUCCACCCCUUGUGGAUGAACAAUCUGAAGAAUAUGUAGGAAGUGGGGAAGAAAGCAGUGCAGGUGUUAAUGAUAUGGCUUCUGCCAGUGAGAAUAACUCAUUAGAACGAGUGUCAGAUAGCGACAUAGAGGUUGAUGAGUGCGUAGCUACUGUUGAUGAUUUACCCAUUUCGUUGAUGCCGGAGACUGACAAGGGCGCAUGUUUGUUAGAGUCAGAGAAAAAAGGAGCGGAUUUUAUGUCUUCUGUGGUUGAGGGUGGUCCUGCAACUUUGAGUAGUGCUGCUGUUUUGGGCAAGAUACUUGAAGAGCAUUCAGAUGCUAUCAUCAGCCAGCAGCUUGAGAAAGAAAGGAUGGUAUCCUCAGCUCUGUUGCAGGAUACGAACCGACCUACAAAAACAACACUUCGGAUCCUGCAGAUGCCUGAGGGAAAGAAGCAGAUGUUCCUUCAGACUAUGGAGACUCCAUAUGCUGUGCCUGUCCAGCUCACAAGUGGCCAAGGCUUCAAGCUUAUUACAAAGUCCUGUGCUUCCAAAGUUAACGUGUCGUAUGUUAAGCCAGGAAUUGAAAUGCCUAGCAAAGGUUCAGGGUUGUCUCUCACACUGAAUGGAGGCAGAAUUGGGAUGUCAGCUCAAAGUGGAGAGGGCAAAGGUCAUGCAUCACUCUUGCAAACUGUGAGCAGCAAUGGAGGCCGCUAUUUUGUCAGUGCUUCUGCCCUGAAAGGGCCUCUUCUCUUAUCAGGUACUGUUAAGUCGCCCUCAGAACAGACUAUAAACGCGCAACCAAUGUGUUAUUUAGUUCAACGACCACUUCCUGUUUCACCAAGUACUGAGUUAACUGGUUCAACCUCAAAGACAGUCCUGACCACUCGCCCAGUAUUGGCUAUGCCUGUGAAAUCAGCUGAUAAAGCAGCUCCCUUGCAAACUGGACGACAAGCAUACUUGGUUAGGUAUAUCUCACCCGCCAAGUCAGGGAUACUGGUAAAUAGUUCAAAUGAGAAGGGAGCAAACCAGGGUAGCCAAGCAAAUGAAGGAGGCAAAAGCAGGGUUUUCCUCAAAAUAGUUAGAAGUCCUAAUGGCACCAGGUUCCUCUCCACUACUCCAUACACUUCAGCCAAAAAGCCACUUUAUGUGGCCACAAAUUCUCUGCAGUCACCUUACUUGCUUAUGUCUUCAGAUUGGUCAGCAGGACUGAAAACCUCCAAUAGUGCUCAUAGCCCCACUCAUAAACUCAUCUCAGCAAAGCCUAAAAACAUUUUACCCCAAUCAGACAUUCACAGUCAGAACCGAGUUGAUGAUGGCUUAGUAGUGCAGAAAUCAUCAUUUUUGCCCAUGCAUACCCGUCCACGGAGCCAACGGAAGAGAAGGAGAAGGAUCUUGUUUGAGGAAUCUUUUGAGACCUCUCCUAAAACUAGAAGAAUGUCAAGCAAGGCCCUUGCUCAGAAAGAGGUCUCCUCAUUGUGCGAGCCAGUGGCAAAAAAUGUUGAGAGAACACUUAGACUUUCUCCCUUCAGCCCAUUUCAACAGAUCAAAUGUCCUCGUCAAAACCAGCCAGUAGUGGUGCUAAACCACCCCGAUGCUGAUAUUCCUGAGGUGACAAACAUUAUGAAGUCGGUUAACAGAUACAAAGGUGAAGUUAUCAAGGUGGCAUUGUCCGAGAACACAGUCAGAGCCCUGUCUGAGUGGAGCUUCAUUGGUGCAGAUGGUACACUGUUAAACACUCCUGGUAUCAGUGCAGGGUCAAGAGUCCGGCCAUCAGGGAACAAUGUUAGAGAGCGAUUUAUCUUAAGACUGAAGUUAAAAAAGACAAGAAGAAACAAAUAUGAGGUAGUAAGGUUGUCCUCCAGCACAGGUUCGGAGCAAAUACCAGUGUUUAGUUGUUGGUUUUGUGGCCGAGUGUUUAACAAUCAAGAAGAAUGGAUUGGCCAUGGACAGCGGCAUCUAAUGGAGGCUACAAGAGACUGGAAUAAGCUGUUCUAACGUAACCACAUAGCUCCUGGAUUGGCUCAAAAAACGUCCUCUAAUGUAGAAAUAUUGUUCUUUUUUUGAAAAGGAAAAAAAAAAUAGUACUGUUAGAUAUACUUAAGCUGUCUAUUUUUUUCCAUAGAUAUCCAUUCAGAAGAUUUUUAAUGGAUAGUGUAAUAGAAGAAAGUUUGGUACCUGAUACCAAUUUGUAUGUAAAUAUUUUUAACCCAUGUACAUUGAACUCUAGACCUUUGUGUAUGUACAUAAUUGAACUGUGAAAACUGGACACACUGUAUGUUUAUACAUGCAAGCAAAAAGAUCACUGGUAUGAAAGGAAGGUGCUGUCUGUAAUAGACCUAUUUCAAUGCAGUCAGUUAACAGAUUCUCAGGUAAUUUCAGAAUCCAGUUUAUAAAGAGAUCUUUUAUGUUAGCUCAGAAACUUUCUGAAGAUAUUUUUCAUUUAUGGUGUGUUUUAAGUUGGCCGCAUACAUUAACCAUUGGUAGAGGUCAUAGAGCUUAUUACUUUAUUAAUUAUUUUUAAUUCCUUCUUAUAAACAUGGCCCUUUUAAAACUGAAUCAUGUAAAUGUUCAUUUUGAACACUGGUCAGUUGAUGUAGCUGUAGAAAUAUUUGUGCAGAAGUGAGCUAGAAGCAAACUUUUAGGUUCCUGUGGAAGCUGUAUUUUUAAAAACAGUUAUUUUCAUACACUGUAUAUGUGUAUCUAUGUUGUCAUGUUUGUUUUACUGGUGCUAUCCCUUUUUUUUUAACACGUUAAAACUGACCCAGUGUCAUUUUCGUAGCAAUAAUACAUUUCACCAUAGUUUUAACCAUCUUCUGUACACCCUGCAGUCAGUAGAGUACCCAUUUUAGUGUUUGAUUUUUUUUUCUUUUGCUGUACUCUUUUUGAAUGAAGAUGAAAACCUGCAAAGCACAGUAAUACUUUACCAACAAAUGGAGCAUGUUCAGAUGCAAACCACCAAAUGGCCAACCAAACACUAACUUAAUUUUGCAUUGGGUCUUGUUUUCUUAUACGUGUGUGCCUCAGUCUGCCUCAAAGUUUUUACCAAGCGGUUGUUCUUGUUGAUUGUGUUGAGUUUCUUGUAUGUUUAAGAGGGUUAAGUGGCAAUUACUUCAACACAAAAAUCUUUUUUUUUAAUGAUUCAAAUUUUAGGAUUUUUAUUGGCAUACACAAUACUGUUGAGCCAGUCUAAAUGUUUGAACUAUAUUUGAAUGGUUUAACUUACAUGGCUUAGUAUCAACAUUACAUAGAAUUUGCUGGUCUAUAUUUGUUACUAAUGACUUAUGCAAAUCUGAAAUGUUCAAAUGGUCACUUUCUGAACAAGUUCUGCUUUACCUCAGAGUUGGCAGCAUUUACAAUACCAUGUAAAUUAAAAGGCAGGAAUUUGUGAAGUUAUACCGUUUUACCAUAUCCUUUUAUUUCAAAACAGCCUUUUGAACUUGCGCAGUUUGCAAUGACUUUAAAAUAUGACAAUCAUUGUUACAAAGCAGUACCGAGUUUCCUGCUGCUUUGCAUCCUGAUUACUAUGCCUUUGGUUUUUAAAUGCAUAGUUUGAAAAUUUGCUCUUUUUAAUGCUUUUCACUCACAGACCUCUACCCUUUACUUUACCUUUUACUAUCCACUACAUUAUGCCAUCCGCAAGCAGAAAGCAUAACCCUCUCACAUGCCAACAUAACCGCAACCAAAUACUUUUUUAAUCAUGAGGCAAAAAAAAGCUGUUUGGUGUUUAAUGCUAACGUCAAACAGGUUGUUUGGGUUUACUGCGAUGUGAAAAACAAAUGUAUUUUUUUAUGCUAAGUGCCUAAAAUGUGACGCACCAGGUCGACACUAUAUCGUACUGUAUUCACCUCCCUACAGUUCCUCCUUGAAUAAAUGUAAAUACUUUGAAA